AUGUCUAUGCCUCCCAUGACAGCUUCUUCCAACCAGACAGAUGAAAGUUCGCAUCUGUCCGGUCUUCUUGCAUAUGACGCACUCCCGAAUCACCAGAACUUCGACUCGAUAUCUGAUUCGAAGUUCACUGCUGAUACUAGAACCGAUUUCUACGACCGCGGUCUGACAAGUCGCAGUUGUGCCCUUGUUGGAGUGGCAUGCUCGGGCAUCUUUAGCUGCUCAUGCAUCGUUGCAGCCACUGUCAUUCUAGCCAAACAUGGAAUCUACGGUGUAGCCGUGCCCGACCUGAUCACUAUUUUCAAUGCGACGGAGUCUCAGUUGUCUCAGUUGUCCCUGCAGGCGGAAAUAUUGACCCUAGCACUUAACCUAAUCGUCACGUUAUGCACCGAGUCCAUAGGCUUCGUGCACGGCAUCUCAUUGCGCUCUGCGCUAGCCUCAGAGUCUCGGCUUCGUUUCAACACCAAUCUGCGCCUUCUGACCGCAGCUCGUGGAUGGUAUCACCCUAAUGGCGCCCUGCUUAACGGUAUCUCAGCUGUCCUCCUCAUUAUAUCCUACAGCUCAGCCUCACUCGUCGUAUGUUUCGACUAUCAAAUGCAACCAUAUGAGCAGGGUAUUGCCUUCGUAGGGUUACCUCUCCUCAUUUUGGGCGUCGUACUCCUGCUCCAGGUGAUGAUCGCAUUGUCAGGGAUACGGGCUGUCAAAAUAUUGACGUGGAGUUCCUCAUCUUUCGACUUGACCGCCGCACUGGUCCACCACACCCAAUUGACCCCUGUUACUUUCCGGUGCAUGCGUCGUGUGUCUGACCUAGACACGGGCGGAGGUCCAGCGAAGCCGCCAGAGAUACAGCCCUCGGCAUGGCAUGCUCACGCUAGCAUCCGGAAAGUUAUCAUUUCUCUUUGGGUGAUCGUUGCAGCAUGCGCUGGAUGGGCCGCACUCGUCAUGUAUAUCUGGGGCAAAUACGCUGGCAAGGGUAACAUUCCCUGCGAUGGGCUGACCACAACAACGUGGACGUUCUUGCCCAACGAGUUGGACAAUUACAUCAUGUAUCUUAUGCCGGGUGUCAAUAUUGAGGCGUGGAUUCUGCUUUUUGUCAACAUGGCAGCUGUCCAGGGACCGUUGACGCUUGGGCUGCAUUGCUCAGAGCUCAUCGCAAAUGUCAUUCGAGACGAAAGACAGUGGAGAUGCGCUACUGGAAGGAAAGGACUUAGAAUGGCGACGAACCCGUUGAAGAUGAUUUUCAGUCAUCCGAUUUGUCUCGUACUUUUCGUCACGAAGCCUUUCCUGCAUUGGAUGUUUGGGCUUUCUUUUAGUAUAUAUCCCUCCGUAUUGAAUGGGCAACUAACAAUGUUGUCGGUAACCAUGUCGACUGCCCAGAUCUGGAACUUAUGCAUAGCGCUGUUUAUAUUUGCCUGUUUCUUCACUUUCGUCGCACUGCGUCGACCGCGCGGUCCCCAGCCGGCUGCAUACGGCCACGUCCAGACGCUCGCCAACCUCGUGGACGAGUGGUCGUCUGUGAUGUGGUGGGGACACAAAGAGGACGGAUUUCCGUAUUGUCAUGCUGGGACGAGCGAUCAUCCGCUCCCGGAUGUGAAGAUGGACUGCGUUUACGCUGGUUCUGGUGCUGGGUCCCUGGUACCUGUCUCGUGA